UGUUACUUGUCUGCGCGGUAUCAUGACUCAUAACGCUGGUCAGCCGAUGGCUAAUCGCCAAUGUUACAACUGUGGACAGCUUGGGCACCUUUCUCGUUUUUGCCCUCUUCCUUAUCGUCGGUUUACCUUUUCUUCUCCUGCUGCUGCUCCCACCAAUCCUAGUACGACUUUAGUCACGGUUCCUAGCACUCCAGCCGUCAACGUCCCUGUAGCAGGUGGCUCUGGCGGAUAUGGAGGAGGAUUGAGACCUCGUGUGGAGUCGCUGGAGGCUUCGCUCGCAGGCAUCAAGGCUCAUCAAGAUGCGGAGAUUGCCAAGGAACGCGCUAAGAAGGAAGAAGAAGAACAUUUGAAGAAAGAGAAGGAAGAAGAGGAACGGAGACUCCAAGAGAAGAAAGCACGGGAAAACUUUCAGGAUGAAAUGAGGAGUGAGAUCGGUACGAAGUUAGACUCGGUGCGUGAGCUGCUAGAGAGUAAGAAAGGAAACAAUGGAGAUGAAGUCGCUAAGCUGCGUGUCGAGAUUGAAGGGUUGCGCGCCAUGUUACGUACUGGUCAAGUGGCGUCAACCUCCGAAAGCACCUUUGACAGGUAUAAACGAGAACUUGAGGACGACAAGGCCAGAUCCGAUCGACGACUCGCAACUAUGGAGGAAGAGAUUGCUAGGUUAAGAACACUUAACGAAGAGGUGAAUGCUGCUGCUGAUGUGUGGAAAAACGAAGCGCUUCGGCCGGGAAACAAACGAGGCAGCGUGGUCGUUACCGCUACUCCGGUGCCUGGAACCAGGACUCGGGCUCACAUGGAGACAGUGGUUUCACCAGCGGUGCACGAUCUUAAGCUCAAAGAGAAAGUGGAACAUCAGGAACAUGAGAUAGAACUCUUGAAGGAAUGGAGAUUGCGUGAACUGAACAGACGGGGUCAGGCGGAACAAGAGGUUGACCGUCUGAAAGAGAAGAUGGCGAGGCUUGUAGUUGAAAGGUCUACUCCUAUGGCGUCUAACCUGAAGGCGCGAUUAGACAAGGCGGCCACAACCACGGAGAAAGAAGGGGGACAAGGUGUCGCUGAUGAGAGCCAGACAGAUUCUGGAUGAAUUUCAGGGCAGUUACGACAGUAAUUUGAUUUUGGAACAAACUAGCAUAGGUGAC